AUGUGUGGAAUUUUCGCAUACCUGAAUUACAACACUCCGGUAUCGAGAAAGCAGAUUUCCGAAGUCCUCAUUAAUGGGCUUCGCCGUCUUGAAUACCGUGGCUAUGACUCAGCUGGAAUCGCCAUUGAUGAGGAUUGUGUGAAAGCCAGUGGUGGAUCUGACAAGGAGAACGCUAGUUCUGCAAAUGUUCUUGUUGUUCGAAAUCCGGGCAAAGUUGAGGAAUUGAGCAGGGUUGUUAAGGCAAUGCUUGAGGGGAAACACGACGAUCCGAUUUUCGAAACCCAUGUGGGCAUUGCUCACACUCGCUGGGCCACUCACGGCAAGCCCAGUGAACAAAACGCUCAUCCCCAGUCGUCGGAUUCUACUAAUGCUUUUACCGUUGUUCACAAUGGAAUCAUCACUAAUUUUAAAGAUCUGCGUUCCCUUCUGGAGCGAAAGGGCUUCGUUUUCGAAACCGAAACUGACACAGAGGUCAUUCCAAAGCUGAUGCUGCAUCUCUAUAGGCGCAACUCGAGUCUUACCUUUGAACAACUCGUCGAACUAACCAUCCGAGAAUUGGACGGCUCCUUUGCUUUGGCCUGCAAAAGCCGUUAUUACCCUGGCGAGAUUGUCGCAACACGACGUGGCAGCCCCCUUCUACUUGGCAUCAAGAGCCAACACAAGUUGACAAUGGACCAAAUCCCCGUUUCAUAUCCUACAAAAGAUCGAUGGGGAUCAAAGUGCUUUACCGAUUUAGCCGGUGGAGAUGAAGAAGAUGCAUAUUUUUUGAGCCAUAGACCCACAACGCCUCAACAAAACCCCGAUUAUCAUCUGUCGGCCCAGUCAGAUAAGAAGGAUAUUGAAUUUUUCCUCUCAUCCGAUGCGAGCGCAGUCGUAGAACACACAGAUCGGGUGAUCUACCUGGAGGACAAUGAUAUCGCAGCAGUGCGAGCUGGAACCCUCUCCAUCCACCGAAUCACUAAAACGGCGAAUGAACCCUCCGUUCGUGAUAUUGUCACUCUGCACCUCGAAAUUAAGGAAAUUAUGAAAGGUAGCUACGACUACUUCAUGCAGAAGGAGAUAUUUGAGCAACCCGAUUCCAUCCUCAACACCAUGCGUGGACGGGUGAACUUCAACGACAUGACUGUUGUCCUGGGUGGUAUCAAGAAUAACCUCGUGGACAUUAAGCGAAGUCGUCGAUUGAUGUUCAUCGGGUGUGGAACGAGCUACAACGCCGCGGUCGCCGUUCGUGAGUUAGUCGAGGAGUUGACCGAACUUCCCGUAAUGGUGGAACUGGCUAGUGAUUUUCUGGAUCGUCUUACACCCGUCUUCCGUGACGAUGUCUGCAUAUUUAUUAGCCAGUCUGGAGAGACGGCGGAUACACUUCUGGCAUUGAGGUACUGCCUCAAACGCGGCGCCAUGACUCUGGGCAUCACCAACACAGCGGGAUCAACGCUGUCACGGGAGACGGAUUGCGGGAUUCACAUGAAUGCAGGACCGGAGAUUGGUGUGGCUAGCACAAAGGCACGUGCAUACACCAGUCAGAUCAUCGCCAUGGUGAUGUUUGCUUUGGUUCUGUCUGCCGAUAGAAUCUCGUUGCAGGAGCGGAGAAAAGAGAUCAUCGAAGCACUUAGUCGGCUGCCAGAACAAGUUGACUCCAUUCUACACAAGGAUGAUGAGAUUGUCAAGAUAGCCGAGGAUAUGGUAAAUGCACGAAGCAUUCUUGUAUUAGGUCGUGGCUAUCACUAUGCGACAUGCUUGGAAGGGGCCCUGAAACUCAAAGAACUGACUUACAUCCACGCGGAGGGCAUAGUGUCGGGUGAGUUGAAGCACGGACCCUUGGCAAUGAUUGACGCCGAGAUGCGAAUCAUCAUGGUUGUCACCAAAGAUCGUCUCUAUGAGGCAAUUCUCAACGCUCUUCACGAAGUUCAUUCACGUCAAGGAAGCCCCGUUCUGAUCACAAACGAAGAUGUAGCUCCACACUUGAAGAAGCUUGCAAAAAGGAUUUUUGAGAUACCUCAUACUGUUGAUUGUUUGCAGAGCAUUCUGGCUGUCAUUCCACUACAACUACUCGCCUUCCAUGUUGCUCGAAUGAAGGGACUUGAUGUUGACUGUCCAAGAAACCUAGCCAAAUCGGUUACGGUAGAGUAG